AUGAUGAAUGUGACAUGGGAUGGCAGGGACUUGUCAUUCACAGAAGAUGGCUACCAGGAAUUCCCAAAGCUGGUGGUCAUUGUUCUCAACAAGGACAGAGAGUGGGAGAAGAUGGGGAAACUGGAGAACCGCAGCCUGACACUGAAGUACCCGGUGUGGCCGCGCUUCAACUCCAUCGGUGACGCCGAGAUGGACGACAACCACCUGUCCAUCGUCACGUUGGAGGAGAAGCCUUUCGUUAUUGUGGAGGACGUAGAAAGGCUCACUGGUACCUGCAUGAGGAACUCUGUGCCCUGCAGGAAACACAUAAAAGACAACUCAACUGAGGCUGGGGGGACAUACGUUAAGAAGUGCUGCAAAGGCUUCUGCAUCGACAUUCUGAAAAAGAUUGCCACGUAUGUAAAGUUCACCUAUGACCUGUACCUGGUAACUAAUGGCAAGCAUGGCAAGAAAAUCAACAACGUCUGGAAUGGGAUGGUGGGAGAGGUGGUCUAUAAGAAAGCCGUCAUGGCCGUCGGAUCUCUGACGAUCAAUGAGGAGCGUUCUGAGGUCAUCGAUUUCUCCGUCCCGUUCGUGGAAACGGGGAUCAGCGUCAUGGUCUCCCGUAGCAACGGAACGGUCUCCCCGUCAGCCUUUCUCGAGCCAUUCAGUGCAUCAGUGUGGGUCAUGAUGUUUGUGAUGCUACUACUGGUGACUGCAAUGGCUGUCUUUAUGUUUGAGUACAUCAGUCCUCUUGGAUUCAACCGAAACCUGGCGCAGGGCAGAGACCCCCAUGGCCCUUCCUUCACUAUGGGCAAGGCAGUGUGGCUGCUGUGGGGUCUUGUCUUCAACAACUCUGUGCCUGUUCAGAACCCAAAAGGAACUACCAGUAAGUUCAUAGUGUCAGUGUGGGCCUUCUUCGCUGUCAUCUUCCUGGCCUCCUACACUGCCAACCUGGCCGCCUUCAUGAUCCAGGAGGAGUUUGUGGAUCAAGUCACCGGGCUCUCCGACAACAAGUUUCAGAACCCGUACGCAUACUCGCCUCCGUUCCGCUUCGGGACGGUUCCAAACGGAUCAACAGAGAGAAACAUCAGGAAAAACUACCCCGCUAUGCACCAGUACAUGACAAAAUAUCAUCAAACUGGAGUCGUGGACGCACUUGUCACCCUCAAAACGGGGAAACUGGACGCCUUCAUCUACGAUGCUGCGGUGUUGAACUACGCGGCCGGCAGAGAUGAGGGAUGUAAGCUGGUGACCAUUGGCAGCGGGUACAUCUUUGCUACCACUGGUUACGGCAUUGCUCUACAGAAAGGUUCCUACUGGAAACGACAGGUGGAUCUGGCUAUCCUGGCCAUCAUCGGAGACGGUGAAAUGGAGGAGCUGGAAGCCCAGUGGCUGACAGGAAUUUGCCACAAUGAGAAGAACGAAGUGAUGUCCAGUCAGCUAGAUGUGGACAACAUGGCCGGGGUCUUCUACAUGCUGGCCACCGCCAUGGGGCUCUCCAUCAUCACCUUCGUCUCUGAGCACCUCUUCUACUGGAGGCUGAGAUACUGCUUCACUGGAGUCUGCACCAGCACGCCCGGCCUUCUUUUCGCCAUCAGUAGGGGAAUCUGGAGUUGCAUCCAUGGCGUCCACAUUGACAUGAAGAAAAAGUCAGAUUUGGACUUUAGCCCCCAGGACAAAAUGCUAAAGCUAAUAAAAUCAGCCAAACAGAUGACCAACAUGUCUAACCUGGCCGGCUCCCACAUGAACUCCCCCAAACGUGAGUUCAUGCACUCAGCCGGCCCGAUGAUCAUGGACAUGAUGGCGGAGAAGGGCAACUUCAUCUACGCCGACAACCGUAGCUAUGCUCCUAAAGAUAUGAUCUACGGGGACACCGGUGACCUGCAGUCUUACCUUGCUAACCGGCACAAAGACCACCUUAACAACUACAUCUUCCAGGGAGGCCAGCAUCCUUUGACCCUGAAUGAUGCCAACCCCAACUCAGUAGAGGUGGCGGUCAACGCCGACUCAGUCCAGACCAACGCCAAGCCUCCCCGAACACUGUGGAAGAAAUCGGUGGACACGCUUCGUUCGGCGCCACCUGGACCCCCUCCGAUGCCCGACAUGCUCAUGCCAGACCCACGAAUGUCAAUGAAGACACAGCGCUACCUCCCUGAGGAAGCAGCCCACUCUGACAUCUCCGACUGUUCCAGCAGGGCGGCCUCAUACAAGGACCCAGAAAACAACAAGCACCUGAAGCCCAAGGACAACUUAAAAAAAAGAUCGGUGCCAUCGAAAUACCCAAGGGACUGCAGUGAGGUAGAGCUGUCCUACUUAAAAACAAAGCCAGUCACCGCUGGACCCAACCAACCCGGCAGAGUAGUAGGAGGAGAGAAAGUUUAUACCAUCGACUCAGAGCGAGAGAUGAGCCUGCAUACAGACCCCAUGCACUACCGUGAGAGCCGCGGCCUCGCUGCCGACGAUUUGGAUUACCCCGAGAUUUACUCCGACCACAGCGACAACUAUAGGAAGUGUGAGCAGCCCAUCAUUCAUCUAAACUCCUCCCCUUUGCAUCACGGCGACUCAGAUCUUCUCCCAGAUCCAACUUACUCUAAACACUACAACCUGAAAGAGAAAAACAUGUCCCCACAUGAAUCCAUUGAGCGCUACAAACAGACACACUGCCGGUCUUGCUUGUCCAAAGUGUCCUCUAGCUACCCCCCAACAGGGUCAUACACCCCUGCUAUUCCUGCUGCAACUUCUGCCACACGCUCACCAUACAAUCGGUGUGAAGCAUGCCUCCACACAGCAAACCUGUAUGACAUUAGCGAGGACCAGCUCCUUGCCGACCCCUUGGUCAGUCCCACCAUGCACCACCAACAACAGCAGGAACCAGACGAAAUGUUUGGUCUGUAUUGGCCGCAGACGGAUGGGCCACAUGUUCAAAAGAGAAACCGCUUGAGGCUGAGUCGUCAGCACUCCUUCGACAACAUCAUGCUAGAAAAGCCCAAGGAUGUGGACCUGGGUCGACCGGCGCGCAGCGUCAGCCUGAAGGAGAAGGAUCGCUUCCUGGAGUCUGCAUCUGACUCGCACUAUGCCAACCUCUUCGGCAUGCGUCCCUACUCCGGCAGAUUGUUUGGCACCGGGUCCAAAUCGAUGAUGUUUAACCACAACCUCGAGGAGAGCAAGAGGAGCCAGUCCCUGUACCCGGCCCAUGGCUCGGACAACCCUUUCCUCAGCCACUCGCUGAGGGACGACACCAGCAGCAGACUGGUCCACGGGCGUAGCUCCUCAGAUAUUUACAAACAGCUGGCAGUGGCCUCCCCUGCAGCGGUCCUCGGAGCGCCCCCCAUCAAAACACGCAACGAUGCGAACAAUCUCCGCUCUUCUGUUAAAUCUACCACUUCAUACUGCUCACGGGACGGGCGGAUAGCCAAUGACAUGUACAAUAAAGAGCAUGUGAUGCCUUACUCAGCCUCUAAGACUAGUGCAUACCCGGCCCCACGUGGUGUCCUAAACUCAGCCCAGUUCAGCAAUAGGCGGGUGUAUAAAAAAAUCCCCAGUCUGGAGUCAGAUGUUUAGUUGACUUAAGAAAUAAUGUGUUCUCUCCUCCUUACUGCUCUCUGGGUUUGUAUUAUAAUUUAUCAACUAUGUUAUCCACAAAGGGAUGCCAUAGCCACACUACGUUUUUCUUCUUCUCUUCAACAUUGUAAUCCAAAAGAACUUGUGCCCACUUGGGUAUGGCGGUACUUCUACUACUACUACUCUCUUUGCAGAUGAUAUCACCUUUUUUGUCCAUUCUCUGCCAUGUACCAAUGAGUUGGCUGCAUGGUCAGCACGCUGCCACAAGGUAUCCUGGUGUAAAUGUGGAAUCAUUACCCUGUAGGUUUUUUAAAGGCUAAGGAAAUGGCUUAGUCCCAUUAAUGGGACAUAGAGGACUCCUACAGGCGUUGUUGGGAAAGAGGUAUUUGAUUUGUGAUAGAAGUUUAUAAGUUAGUGGUAAGGAGCAUGGGGGAAUGUGAGGGGAAUUGGAGGGCGAGAGAGAGGAGAUAACCUCUCUUUCAACCACUCCCCCCCCCCCCCCCUGUUUCCUUUCCACCUCCACUGUCAAGCUUGCAGCUCUCUAGUUGAGGAGAAGAGGCCUGACAGAGAGGCCAGAUGGGCACGUUUGAUGUCACGGCCAGACACGGGGGCGUCCCAGGAGGGCUGAGGCGUCACAGUAAGCUAGUCCAACGGUCUGCUGCUUGUUACUCUGACAAAUAUGGCUACCGAGACACCUGGCAGUGCAAGAGGAGAGAAAGGGAGAAUGGAGAUGAGCUAAAUGGCGCAGAGCGGAGCCUCCGGUAGGGUUGUCGGUGUUCUUGCUCAGAAUUUGGUUGAAAUGUUAGGCUAAUGCUAAAGGGAUGAUAGGUAUGAGACGCUGGGAGAAAUGUAGGUGCGAUCAAUGCAUAAUGUUUACAGACUGACAGAUAAAAAGACAAAAUCACUGAUAGAAAAGGACACACAAUCUGAGGCAUCUGGUGGGCAUUUCAUUUAUGGCUCUGCACAUAGAAAAAUAAUUGCAAAGUAUUGCUUUUUUAUUCUAUUAAACUAUAAGAUUUAUUAGGGAUUCUGGCAUCCGGAUCCCCCUAUGUAGGAUUUUAGUGUUUGCUUAUUUGGUAGCACAAUAGCCAUUAGUUUUAAAACCUCUCUCCCACGUAUGCUUUUGAAAAAGCAUAGCUUUCUGAAAAAUACCAUCAAGAGUAGUAGAUUAUUUUGCAUGUGUUGAUUUAUUUCUGUGUCGGAGAAGAUAAAAUACACACAAAUACACUCUCAGACACAUAUUUUACAUGUUUUUGGAAAAAGGGACUGUGUCUUGCCAAAUAUGGUGGAUGGAUACUUGUACAAUCAAAAACCUUUUAUCCUUGACCUUUGUGCUUAGUAAAUCAGUGUAAAUCAGUGUCAUCCUGUUGCAAAAGAGCAAGGGAUGGUGGAAGGGAAGAGAGCAAAGAGGUUAGAAAACAAGGGAGAAAAGGAUUAAAUGACAACCGUGUCCACCACCACCUUGUGUUGGGGGGGGGGGGGGGGUGGGCGCUGGUGUGUUUUUGUCUUUCGACCUCCCUGCAACUGAGAAACAGGGUAUUGUAUAAAAAAAGACUGAUGAUUCCUUCCUUCUUUCCUCCUUCCUUCUUCCCUUCCUGGUGACACAUCACUAGAGUGUUGGAUAACUAUAGAAGAACACUUUUUUUCUUAAAAUUGAACAUUGGUUGGUUGAUACAGCAAUAGCAGAGCUAUACGCUAUCCAACCACCACAGUCUAACUGGGGUUAUUGAUCAUCAGCUACUUUUGAUCCGCAGUCAACCAGGGUUCUUGAGGAUCUGAAGACUACUUGAGAUGGAUCCCUUGUUUACCUUUACAGCGUUGGUUGGGUUCAAUGUGGGAUGGGUUGGGCGGGCCAAGAUGGUGAGGGAUGGAUCCGAGUAAGCUCCACUGUUAUGAGCUCAUCCAUCAUGUUUCCAUGUUAGUGUGGAGUAAGUUGUGUGUGUGCAUGGCAACACUCGGGUAAGCUUGAAGUCUUAACCAGAACAUUUGGUUCCUAACCUGAUUGUUUAAGCAUUUCUUUGUUAGUUCUUUGUUUUUUUUUGAUAAUACUUAGCAGAAAAGACUUGCACAUGCACAUUCUUCCAUGUACACGCGUGCCCACGACACUUUUUUUUUUAUAGCAUUACAAAACUGUACAAAUUGUACAGGCAGAAAAUACAAAAAAACAAACCAUCUUAAAGUGAUUUGCUGGAUCGAUUGGAUUCACAAAGCCAAAUUGUAUCAAAUAAAAUACCUCAGGAUGAUUCUGUGCGUUUUGGGGGAGCUUCAACCGUAGCAACAGAACAGGAUGCAGAUUUUUUGUAGAAAAACUAUUUAUAAAGAAAAGAAAAGAAAAACAACAAGGUGAUUUAUAGCGGCCGAAAGCAGAAUCAAACUUUUCUCCUUUUGAUGUUUACCAGUCCUAGGUCUUCCAGUCCGGCUAUUUGCCCGAACUCAUGCAACCCAAGUAGAGAGAGAAGAAGAAGAGAAGGAGGGAUGGCGGUGGGGGUGUGUGGGGGGGCUUAUGGCUUUGCUCGGUCAAUGUGGGGUGUGUUCCACUCCUGAGCGCCCUUAACAGAAUGGAGGAUGAGCAUUCUGAAAAGCUACCCUGAUAUGGAAAACUCAAAAAGGAAUCUCUUUCUUUCUCCAUGGUUUUUAAUGGCAGUCAACUGCAUUAGCCACUGUGUUUCAAUUGAAGCUCCAUCUUUAACAACCACGGUCAUAUCGCCCUUUUUUGUACUCUUGGAAUUACAGUGAAGCUCUCCUUGCCUCCCAAUCAGCUUCCCUAAUGUUGACUGACGAGCAACAUUUCUCUUUUUUUGCAUCUUAUCUGCAUAUUUAUUAUUAUUAUCAUAGUUAUCUCCACAUGCUGCUUGAGUGAGCUGAAGUGAACAAUAUGCACAUGGAAAAAAUAUCAAACGGCACCCUGCGUUUUAUGAACUCAUGAUGAUUUGUUCUAUUUGUUCUACUUUUACAGAACUGUCAUGUAAACUGAUGUUUUAUGUUCAAACACACACACACACACACACACACACACACACACACCCUUGUGAUGACAACCCUGCUCUUUUUAAUGACAAAAAUGUAUUUUAAUUACAUUUAAUGAUAAAUAAUGAGGUGAUGGCAUGCAACCCCAGAUGUAACAAUUUUAAUGUUUUAUGUUUAUUUAUUUUUUUGUUUGUUAUUUUUGUUAUGAUGUUAUGAUCACUAAUGCGUUGUAACCAGGUGCGAGUAUAUACAUAUUUGAGAGAAAAAAGUGAUCUAUGUUUAACACGAUGAAGAUGCUGCUGCUGUUUUGGAGGAGAAGGCGAGGACCUGACCCUAAGCAACUUCCUCAUUGGCUCACGGGUCGUUAUCAGGCCGCGUUUUUUUGCCCAAUGGGGUCGUAGGUCAGGGGUCAGGGGCUUGGUUCGGUAUGGCGGGACUUCCUUGCUCUUCCUCCAAUGGCAGGUGAGAAUUACUGAAUCACCAGCUCUGCUUCUCUUCCCUCUCCUUCAUGUGUAGUCAGGACUUCAACUGUAAAGAAGAUAAAAGAAAAAAAGCAACCCUCUACUUUGAGUCUGCUCUCCCUCCAAAGAUACGAGACCUCUUUUCUUUAUGCUUUGCUGUAAGAAUAGAGCUUUUUUUUUUAACUAAUACUUCCUCAAAGACUUUUAAGGAACUAUUUUGAAUAUAUUUAGAAAUGACACCUGUAUACAUCGCUUGUAAAUUCAUACUUGAAUACAUCAUCAUGGAGAAUUAUAAAUUAUAAAGAGUAAAAACAAA